AUGGCGUCCAAUUCUUUAGUGGCAGUUCUAAGCGCUCCAGCAAGAGGCACGUCGAUCCUUUCUUCUUCAUCUUUCUUACCACGAUCGUGCAACAUUUUCACAAACUCGUCAAUUUGCUUAAAGAGGAGGACUGAAAAUAAGGGAGGUAUGAAUCUGAGGGUGGAAGCCAUGGGAGGAGCACCAAAGUUCAAGGGGACGCAGAUGAGGGAGAAGCAUCUGACGGAGAUGAUAGAGAAAAAAGUGAUGGAAGCGAAGGAGGUGUGCGAGGGAGAUCAGACCUCCGACGAGUGUAAGGUGGCGUGGGAUGAGGUGGAGGAGGUCAGCCAAGCUAAGGCUGAUUUCAGGCUUAAGUUGGAGAAACGAGAUCCGCUCGAGUAUUUCUGUCAGGACAAUCCUGAAACUGAUGAGUGUCGCGUUUACGAAGAUUAGCUUCAGCCCUGCUUACUAGAGGCCUUCCUUCUCCGCCGCCGCCGACACUCCCCACCGAUCAGUAUCCAAUCUGUUAUUACCUUUUUUUGUUGUUGUUGUCUUCCUUUUUAACCCUCUUGUAAAUUAAAAAUGAUAUUGUGGCAUGUAAAUUGCCGUUAGUGAUCACAUGGUCUUCUCUCAUCUAUGAAUAAUAUAUAAUAAAAAAAUUGUUAAAUUACUUAUAAACAA